AAUAACGCAGGGAUAUUGUUGAGGAUACAAACACGUAUCUAUCAUGUGCUUUCUUGUCUAAAUCUGGAUUUGCAAUCUUUGCUCAGUAAAAUGGGCAUCAUAGACAAGGGAGUUUCAGCGUAUCUUACUGUGGUACACGCGGUGUCACUGCUCAGGCCUGGAGGUAAGAGACAGAGCGGCGAGACAAAACUGAACGUUACGGUACACGAGGGCAAAGUUGGUCGCCAGAGUCAGGGCAAGUAUCUGGUUACAAUACGCCACGGCAAGAAAAAGGUGCUAUCUAACAAGAAAAACUCAGAUGCACUGAUCUGGGAGCAUUCUACUGAGUUCAUGUCAUGGUCACCAACAGAGGAACUGGUUCUGAAACUGCGAAAGGUGAAACGGUGCAAGGACAAAACCAUCGGUGAGCUCUGCAUCUCUGUCGCAGCCGGACUUGAGUCAGUGGAAGGUCUACCCAACAAACAGUGGUACGGCUUGGAAACUACUCAGAAAGGCGGGCGUAAGAAGAACAAGGCGUUCUUACAGGUGUCGGUUUCUGUCGACGGUCCGGGAAUGAAAACUGACACAUUGAACAAAGUUAUUCCCACUGAGAAUACUGAUGAGCCAGCCGUGCAAGAGCAGCCGAAGACUUUGGCAGAGCUACAAGAUGAUGAGGCCGUCGUGUUGGAGGAUGAUGAGGCCGUCGUGUUGGAGGAUGAUGAGGCCGUAGUGUUGGAGGAUGAUGAGGCCGUCGUGUUGGAGGAUGGUGAGGCCGUCGUGUUGGAGGAUGAUGAGGCCGUCGUGUUGGAGGAUGGUGAGGCCGUCGUGUUGGAGGAUGGUGAGGCCGUCGUGUUGGAGGAUGGUGAGGCCGUCGUGUUGGAGGAUGGUGAGGCCGUCGUGUUGGAGGAUGGUGAGGCCGUCGUGUUGGAGGAUGGUGAGGCCGUCGUGUUGGAGGAUGGUGAGGCCGUCGUGUUGGAGGAUGGUGAGGCCGUCGUGUUGGAGGAUGGUGAGGCCGUCGUGUUGGAGGAUGGUGAGGCCGUCGUGUUGGAGGAUGGUGAGGCCGUCGUGUUGGAGGAUGGUGAGGCCGUCGUGUUGGAGGAUGGUGAGGCCGUCGUGUUGGAGGAUGGUGAGGCCGUCGUGUUGGAGGAUGGUGAGGCCGUCGUGUUGGAGGAUGGUGAGGCCGUCGUGUUGGAGGAUGGUGAGGCCGUCGUGUUGGAGGAUGGUGAGGCCGUCGUGUUGGAGGAUGGUGAGGCCGUCGUGUUGGAGGAUGGUGAGGUCGGCGCACUGGAGGUUGUCGACGUGCUGGAGGUUAGUGAGGUCAACGUGCUGGAUGAUGACGAGUUAGACGUACUAAAGGAUGGUGAGGUCAACGUGCUGGAGGAUGGUGAGGUCAACGUGCUUGAGGAUGAUGAGGUUGACGUGCUGGAGGAUGAUGACAUCAAUAUGCUGGAGGAUGGUGAGGCCAACGUGCUGGAGGAUGGUGAGGUCAACGUACUGGAGGAUGGUGAGGCCAACAUGCUGGAGGAUGGUGAGGUCAACGUGCUGGAGAAUGGUGAGGUCAACGUGCUGAAUGAUGGUGAGGUUGAUGCGCUGGAGAAUGGUGAGGUCGCCAUGCCAGAGGACAGUGACGAUUUCAUGAUGGAGGAAGGGGAGGUUUACGUGCUGGACAAAGAUGAGAUGUACGUGAUGAAGGAUGGUGAAGUAUACUUGUUGAAGGAAGGUGAGGUCCGAUGAAGGAGGAUGGUGGUGUCUACGUGAGGGAGUGGACGCUAUGACAGUGUCCAAAGAAAACGAGUAGGACACACAGUGGGUCUGCACAGGGACGAGGGUUGGCUCUUCCACCGACCAGUCAAUCUCCCCGUCAGGAGAACACAACAAUGAAGAUGUCUUCAGGCCACAGGAUCAGCUCUUAUAGAAGUGAGCCCACUCGCGGACCUGCUCGAAAAUGCCAACUCCCUCAGGUCAUAGCUGGUCGCAGACACGUCUCAUGUGUCUUUAAGACCUUUCUCGCUAAGGUGUCCAUUGGACGUCUCGUUAGCUACAUGAAAGGUGAACCAAAUUUCGAACUUUGCGUUCUCCUUUUGAUACCAGCAAAUGUAAAAGUCUAGAAGCUCAUGUUGGACUUUCAGAACUAAACGUAAGGACAAGUUUUCAUCACUCUCAAGUUCUUUAAAACUAAUACAUUUACCAUUUCAACAGACUGUAAUUUUAUUCAGGUACCAUUUACAAAUUGUCUUACUUUGAAAGAUUUUGAUAUUCCACAUCAUGCUAUAAGUGUCCCCUCCUAUCACUCGUUCUAACAUUGAAAACACUUGGUGAAA